ACACUGGCUAAUGCACAAACCGUGCCGGAGACAAAAAAUAAAGAAGAAGAAGAAAAUCACAGAUAAACACUAUAAUUUAUUUUUAUGAAUAAACAGUAAGGAAACUGAAUUUAGGCUUUGUAUUAAUUAAAUAAAUACCUAAAUAAAAUCCUGCCUGCGAAGUCUGUAAAACUGCAAAAGUUCAAGUGUAAAAUUAAUACAUCAUCAAGUGCCAGCAAUGACUGCUAUAGGUCCGGAAUUCAUUGACUAUAUAAAGAAGUUAGAAGAUAACUGUGACAAACUAGUGACUUCAUAUGAACAACCAUUUGAUUUUGAGUAUGAUAAUUCAACAUGUCAUGUCUGUAAUGGAUAUUAUGGCCCUAGUUUUGGGGAACCAGUCUGCGUCACUUGCCAUGCUUUUCUAUUCCCUGAUUUUCCAUCAUACCUUCCAACUUCCUACUUCUGUACUGAAAAAACAGAUGAUGGUGAUUCUGGCAAUGAUGAACCUUCGGAUCUCAACUACAGCUCUGAAAGGAGGUUACAUAGAACAUGUACAUUGCCAGCUUGGUGGUAUUAUAGGAACUCGUUAGACAGUGAGACAAGUCCUGAAGAUGAGGUAAGCAGGGCUAGCAACUCAGGCCCGGGUGCAAGCAGUAGCAGUUCAAUGUCAGACCGUGCGGUGCAAGCACCCCCACCGCCUCCUCCACCAAUUCCGAGUCUUGCGCGAUCUUUACACGCCCUUUCAACACCACGGCCACCUGAUAAUUUAGCUCCAGGACUAGUUGAACAUUUACCAUCAGAAGUGUUGUUGUGCAUCUUCAGUUACCUGGACGAUUUGUCGCUAUGCGCCUGUUCUUGUGUGUGCACGCGAUGGUGGAGGCUGGUACGAGCCCGGGUGUGUCCAGGACGGUGGGAGGACUUCGCGGCCGCUCGUUGGCCACUCUAUCGUCCACUCGCCACGCACACCGACUGGCACAAGAAGUAUCAAUCUCUAGUGGAGUCAUGUUUCUGCCGUAACUGUCUGGUGCAAAUGUGUGUACAAGCUCAGCCGGCCGGAGAGGAAAACGCUUGGAGGAGAAACAGGCUUAGGAUAGAACUCAAGAUGCUACGCAACGAUCCUCCGGAAGGCAUAGCGGCGACUCCGCUGGACCCGAAGUGUUGCCACUGGCAGGCGAGCGUCACCGGACCUGUCGGCUCGCCCUAUGAGGGCGGAGUCUUCUACCUCUACAUUCAAGUGCCAUACUCGUAUCCGAUGAGUCCACCCGUGGUCCGGUUCCUGACGCGCAUUCUGCACCCCAACGUGUCGCGGCACGGCGACGUCGGCAUCGACUCCGUGCACCACAACUGGUCCCUUGCGCUCACGCUCAGCAAGGUGCUCAUCUCCAUACAGAGCCUGCUCACUGACCCUUAUACUGCCGUUUGCAUGGAGCCGGAGCUGGGCGAGAUGUACGUCAGAGAUCGCGCGCGGUUCGAGUCGUUGGCGCGCCGGUGGACCUGGAGAUACGCAAUGCACGACAUAUUGAUAAAUUGAAAUGUCGUCUUCUCGCAUUAAAACUGUAUAAUCUCAGCACUUACUAUAAUUUUACAGGAUAUUGUUUUAAAGGUUUAACAUGUAAUAUUUUUAAUAUUAAUCAUAUUUGCAACAUUUAUUUUUUAUUUUUUACCAGUUACAUUAUCUGUAUUUUAAAGUAAGAUAAAAAUAUGUAUUAAUUUUGUUAAUAGUAGUGAAAACAUGGGUAAACUAAAAAAAAAGAACUAAAACAUAACUACGCUCUUUUGCAGUAUUUAUGAGAAAAAAAACGUUACGCAUAUUAACUCAAUUUCGAAUAUUUUUGGAAAUUGUACACUUUUAAUGCGAAAAGGCGAUGUAUGCUAAGUGGCAGGGCAACACAUACUGUUACAUUCAUUGCAAUCAUAGCACCAUGAUUAAAAUAUAUGUUAAGUGGCAGGAUAACACAUACUGUUACAGUCAUCGCAACCAUAGCACCAAAAUUAUAUCGUCGGGUGAAAUGCUAUUUGGUUUAAGCGACAUUUUUACAACUUUACAGGAGAGCCAUUUCGUUUAAAAUUCAGAAAAUUAUUAUAUCAUUACAAAAAUAGUUCUGCAGUCACUCGAAUGAAGUAAACUUAAUUGAAGUUCCAUUAAAAACAUCGAACUGUUGAUGCUAACACUAAAUAAAACGCACUUUUAAUUACAAAGAUAAAUGUCGCUUUUUAACCGAAAUGUCGAUUAAACCAAAUAGCUUUUCACAACUCAAUAUCAUUUCGGUACGAUUGAAGCGAAGUAGGGAAAAAUAAACGCAAGCAAAUAAAUAAUCCGAAAAAGUCUAACGAAAAGACAGCAAAUGAGUCGACUAGUAUCAAAGCCGGCAAUGUGACUUUUGGACAAUUAUUGGUAAAUCAGAAAAACGAAUUAUUGACUUUGUAUUCCAUUGGCAGCCACAAAACUCUUCUGAACGACAUCUUAGAUAAAUAACAGGUUAAGUAUUAACCUUUAUUUAAUGCAGAUUUUGAACCGUAUUCUUUGAAGGAGACGAUUAUAUUCAAAUCAAUCUGUAUUGACAUAUCAAUAACAUUUUCUUGUUCAAAUGCACAGAUUGCCACCUUUGAUAAUAGACGACUCAAAUGUACUAUUUGUUUGUAGACAGUAACUCAGUGUUGCCAGUUUAAGCAAAAGCUUUUUGGUAGCUUUAAAAACAUGGUUUCUUGAAGAAUAUUACCGCCACAGCGACCACUGCAUGGCGUUGUAUAUUAUGACUAAAACAUAAAUUUUAUGGAUGUUCCUUGGGGCUUCUUUUAGAUGCCAAAGCGUUUUACGUUGUCUGCUAUAGGACCUCCUCCGUGACGCUAAGAAAAUUUAAUGAAAACCAGAAUUUUUGCAAGACUUCUAUAGAUAUGUUUUAGCAGAGAGCACUUAGUAUUUCGAACGUGUAAAGGCGUAAUAUUUCAUUGCUCAAAUUUGCGCUGUUAAGAAAAAAUAUCCCUGGUAAACAAACUGCUUGGCAGUGAGUUCAUUUAUGCGUAGGUACAAAUAAUUAAAUAUAUUAACGUGGAAGCGUUAAGUGUUAUUUUUUUAGGCUGUGUAAUGAUUUUAUUAUUUGUAUUAAGAAUAAUAAUAUAAUAGAUAAGGCGAAUAAAUGUGUAUGCACUAUAUAAAUAAUAAACGCGGCACAAAUCUA